AUGACGGGGCGGCUGAUGUUGUCGCGCAUAAUGAAAACAUCCAACAGCACGCCAAUAGUACGCACGCAGGCGCUGGCUCGCCCUCUCAUUGCGCCGUGGAGCACGGCACCAACAGAAGGACCAGCAGCGGGAACGCGAGUGAAGAGAGUGGGAAGCAUGAGGGGUGAUCAGAAUUUCCCGGCACAAGUGUCAAGCAAGGAAAGAAGAACACAACUCGCGACCUGGCAAUGCCCCAAGAAGAAGCCACGCCAUAUUAAUGAGCCCCCCAUGUCGUACAGCAUCUCGUGCACACACGCCACACAAAGCUGGCUACUCAGUGAGACACAUGAUACCCGGUGA